AACUGACCAUGGCACAUGCGAUGAACUAAAUGCUCACAACUAUUCUGACUGGGAGAACCAUUCGAUCUCCCGCAGCGCUCCGCCAAUCCAAGCUGCGUUGUUGCCGGCUACACGGCUACCAAGGUUUUGGCCGGCAAAUUGUUGGAACUUGAUGUCAUAGUCAUGGGGUUGGGAAACAACCCAACAUAACAGGCAAAGAAUGAAAAACAACUCUUUGAGGGCAGGAUAAGUUAUAUCAAAGAACCUGUGGCCUACAAAGAAAAGAGGAAAAGAAGAAGGAAAUAACCGGAGAAAAAUCACAUCAGUUUCUCUAAAGCUGACUUCGGAUGUGGUCCCACAAAUCCUCAAUGGUUGGAUAGGGAAGCCAGCUACACCUAUUUUUCCAUGUAAAAUUCAUCGGGGCGGACUCUUCAUAAAUAGCCACAUUACUCGAGGCAACAGGUGCGGGCUGUUGCAAAUUUUGUCGAUCUGUUGGGAGGGGAGAAAACGCACAUCGCGAUGCCUACUACACAUUACAUAUACUUCCCCUUAAGUUCCGGCACGCUCUCUGUCAAGGAGCUUGACCAGGCCAAAAUGCGGUGUUUAUCUGGUGCCUUCAUUGCGAAGGGCGAACAGAGAGGCCAGAAUCAAGAAACGGACUGUAUCCUCUGCUUCGAGACCCUCCACCGCGACAUGCGAUUUCGAGAACUACCCUGCCACCACAUCUUCCACAAGCCAUGCAUCGACGCCUGGUUAUCAAAACGCGAUGCAAGCUGCCCCUUGUGUCGGCAGACAUUCUACCACCUGAAGCGGCCGCAAAGUCUCACUGCACCACCCCCGUAUCACCUUUCUCCCUCGCUUGGCUUUACCGUGCCAAGUCCUCUUCGCAGCGAACACUCAUUACCAUCGUCCCCCCCCCCCUCGUCACCGUCGGAGCAGGAAACGACCCGACAAGCGACUGCGCAUUGUAGGGGUCCAUGGGAGGUAGUCAAGUGGUGGAGGAGACACCGACAACGACGGCGGAGGGUGGAGUAUUUGAGGGAUGGGAUUCGGACACCAACGCAACAACAACCAGGCGCCCUUGCUUAAUAGUAAGGGUAAUAUCAUAAAAAAAAAGGGCGUUGGAUGCUUGUUUUGCUCUUUCUUAGGGAGGGUCCCUAAGGCUAAUUAAACAACGACCGGUAAAAUGUCCUAUGAGGGAUCUCCUUUUGGAUUGGCUUGAAGCACUUAGUGUGGUUCAUUUCGGGCGAGGGCUGCGAAUCUCUAAAGGGAUUUUUUUCCCUCCUGUUUAAUUUUAAUUUUUUAUUUCGACAUCCGUUCCGUCAAAAUCCAGGGACGACACAGGUGCGUGAGGUAGCGGGUGCUGGGCGCCUUUUAUAAAGGGUGGUGGAAACUAAACUGAGGACCAAACUGACUCAUUGGGUGAUAAAGUUUUGGCGCUAAAUAUCUUCCACGGCCGGCUAUUUAUAGCCCUCCAUGUCAAAAAGAGUCAACACCGUUUUCAGGUGGGGCAAGGCGGGUUUAUAAUGAAAUAGGUCACUUUGCGUCGUUCAUUAAUUCGUGCGCUUCUUCAUGAGAGGCCUUAAUCUACGGUGUGUAACAUCAUCGCUCGCCUAAGUUAAGUGGGGACAUCUGGCCGUGACUGUAUGUAAUUCCAUUUUAUGAGAUUGCGCUCUUCAGAGGAACAGUGGAAAACAGCAUGUGGGCCAUUCUCCUCGCCAGGAUCGCCACCUCAUACUCCAUCCUUAAGAAAAGAGUUGGGUGGAAGACGGAAAAGACGCGCAAACUCGCUUUAUUAUUUAAAAUGUUGUACAAAUGGCAUGAUUCACGCAUGAGCGGUAGGCCUAGCAAUCUAGAUCAUUAUUUGUACUAAGUAGCUUUGGGUGGAAGACGGAAUCCAAAAAUUUACCCACUAGCACAUGAUAGCUUUACUGCGUAACUUUAAACCCAGCUGGGGGUAACAUUUCAUGAUCUAUCCGCAGUGGAUUCUAACCCAUGGAUGGGAUAUCUGCCCUUGCGGUUCCAGAAGGUUCUCCACUCCUUUCCAAGAGCAAUUGGCAGCGGGAAAGCCCUUCCUCGAGCUCCAAGUAGCGGAUAUCGAAGGGGAGAAUAUGAGAAUAGUAUCUUCGGAGCGGGGGGGAGGAGGGGCCGAUUUCCACCUAGCGGAGGCAACGUCAGUUUUUCUUGUUCAGCGUCGGAAAGAUAUGGAUGCGGCGGGGCGGGAACAAACCCCCCGGUGGGAGGAGAGCAGCGGCAAGAAUUGGUACCGAUGGUGGCACCGUUCACACAAGGUAUCUUAUGUAUGUAGUUAAGGGUUAUUUAGUUAAGUUAGUCAUUCCGUUUUUGCAGCCGGAAGCAACUUGCUUCCACCAGAACCCGGAAUCAUUUCAAGCCGCCUUGAAAAUUGGGUUACUAAACCUGGCAGCGAGUCUUGCGAAGUCGAGAAACAAGAAGUCACUUCGGGGUUACUGGCAAUAUCUUAAUUGGAGGAACUGAUAUCCGUCCGUGCGGUUCGCCUUACGUUUCUUGAUUGCAUCGGGCACUUUUAACCACCGUUGGAAUGAAGCUCGCGUUUUAUUAAGCUUUCCUCGGCCUCCUGGGGCUCCAUCCGAUGGAGCGUUAUUACAUGUAGCAAAGAACGAAGUACUACGGCGUAUGUAGCAACGAUCACAG